AUGGUACCGGCGGCGGUGGAGGGGAUGGCGACGGAGGCAGCUGCGCUGGAGGAGAUGCCCCAGGCAGGGUCGAAGAGGAAGGCGGUGGCGGUGGUGAUAUUGGGAAGUAAAUGCUACGAAAAUAUGAGGCCAUUGGAGAUGAUAGAGGCAGUGCAAUGUGAGUUUCUUGAAGACUCUGUUUCAUCCCUGCAUCCCAUGAAGAAAAUCCUGAAGCAACUUCUCCUAAUGGAAGUACGAUCUUUCUUUACAUUCCGUCAGGACAAAGAUGCUGCAUAG